AUGUCUGCUCCCAAGGGUCCCUUCCGUCUCGUCACCGUCAACACCGCCCCCGAACGCGCCAAGCGCCUCAUCGGCCGCCUCGUCGACGCCCUUAAGGACCGCUACACCAUCAUUCACGUCGACAACUGCGAGAAGAUCGAAGAGGUGGAGCCUAAGGUCAAGGAGCACAUGCCCGACGUUCUGUUCAGCGCCUCCAUGUGGACUGCCGAGGAAGCUAAGCAGAUUCACGACACUGCUCGGUCGAUCAAGCCAGACAUCAAGCUGCACGCCAUUCCCACAGGUCUGCAGGUCGAGCGCGGCCCGGAUGCUAUUGUCGAGUACCUCUGCGAGAAUGUGCCGGGGCUGCUGGACAGCUGA